UCAGUUUGGAGGACCAAUGACAUUCCCAGCACAAACGUUUCAACCAAACCCUCAGUUUGUACAUAUCAUCAUCAGGACAGCACUAGGCAUAUCGUCCAACGCCUCAGUAGCUGAAAAAGUUUGA